AUGGCGUGGCUUUCUGACAGAGAACAUCCUUCUCUACCAACUGCAAGCUUCAUCAGUAGGCGCAUUAAUGAGUCAACUUUUCUCGUCAUUGAAGACGAUGCCUACGCAGAGCAGCCGAACAUCUACGUCAAACUCUACCCAAACCACAUUCUCGUCGCGGACACAGGCUGCGAUUCUCCUCGGCAAAAGGACAAGUCCUUGACAUCCCUCCGCCAGUACUUGGAAAAAUGCCCUGUAGAAACCAACCAGGGCAAAUGCCUGAAUCCAGAUGGAAGAAGAAAAUACGUCAUUGUAUGCUCACACUGUCAUUACGAUCACAUUCUCGGGAUCUCGCAAUUCCUGGGGACGGAGCCGACCAUUGUUGCUUCGAACUUCGACAAGUCGUUCAUCCUAGAUGAUCUACCAAAGAAUUCUCUUUGCAAAUACAUGGAAGUUGAAACCCCGAGAUAUACCAUAUCUCACUGGGCAAGCCACAUGUCCUAUCUGUCAGUGGACAAUACUGCUCUCCGAAUUCAACUCCUGCACAUUCCUGGCCACACUCCCGACUCACUGGCUUGGUACGAUAUUGACGAGCACCAUCUCUACGUGGGUGACACCUUCUACGAGAGAAGGCGUGCGAUGCCGAUUCCUGAACUACCUGAUAAUGCAGGCCAGGUCCCAAGCGUGCCAGACACCCAAGGUGCUAUCAUUUUCCCGGAGGAGGGAGGAAAUUGGAUCCAAUUCAUGUCAUCGCUUGACGUACUACUCUCGUUCGUUCUACACCAGAACACGGAACUACGACGUCGGCAUGAUCGUGAACAUGAUUCAGUCGCACGAGUCAAACUUGGAUGUGGACAUCUCACACACGACGGAGAUGCUGAAAACAUGAUUCACGAGGUGCGAGGCCUGUUUGAGAGGAUCAUAUCUGACAAAGUACCCGUUAGGAGCAGUGAAGAGAAACGCGGUAUUGUUCACGACUUCUGGCUGGAGCACCGGGACUCACACUAUAGCGUAAUGGCACCUCGCCAUCUUGCCGAAGAGGCCAGGGAACAUUUACAUCCACGAAAAACCGAUACACAAUAG